UGGGUCGGUACCGGGGUUCAAAUUGGUGUGUUUUCGUUGUCUCCAGUCUGUGUUUUACCCUCUGAAGAAAGUACACAAUAGGUGAUUACAAUGGAUUGUUACUCCUAGCACUGUUAUAUACAGGAUUGGUAAGUUUUCAGUUGUGGUAGUGAAACAAGUUUCAGUCAUGGUGGGGAGAAAAAAAUCCUUGCUGGAGGAUUCUCUGGCUCGGCUGGAUGCUGCUUUGGGUUCCCCGGGUGGGGGUGUUAUGCGAACACCACGCACUGGCAGACGAAUGUUCACGUCGAGAGAUGGAGAUAUAUCAUCCAUUGUAGAAGGAACUAUGGAUGGUCAACCCACAUCAUUUUCACCAGCAGUUCCUCGUACUUCACACAUUGGACUAAGCAUAAUAGACAGCCCCAGCAUGAUUAUAGAAGAUGUAACUGCUCCCAUUCAUGCCACUAUGUUUGGAGAUACAACUAUGGAUGCUACUAGUGCUGCUCUCCUUGCCGAUGAUGACCCAGGAGUUCGAGCAACACAGGUGCUGUUCUCUGAAUUCGUUAACAUCAUGGUGGCACAUCCAUCAGAAGCACAGGUGUGGAAAGAGCUAGAAGAUUACGAGCAAGCAUGCUGCCUUCAAGUGGAUUCCCUGGCCAAGCUCAUUCGUAAGGCUCCAAUUCAUCAUGCCAACUUUACAAACACUCAAAAGGUUUACCAGCAACUACUAAGUGAACGCAACACCUGGAGGCUGCUGGGGUCACUGUAUAGCGAGCGUCUAGGUGAAGAUGCCGAGAGUAAAGACUCGCCAAUGAUGGAUGAGGAACCUACCACAGACUUCACAGUUGUUACUCGUCUUUAUGAUACUAACUGCACAGUCAGAGAGGCCCAGAUUGUAAUAGACUGGCUAGAGAAAAAUGCAGCGGAUGACUUUGAAAGCAAAUAUUAUGAUCGUGUGGAAUACUUUGGAGAUACUCACAUAGCAUGGGAAAAUACCCUUAAAACUCGAAAGAAUGAGAGCAGUGGCAUUGUGCAGCCUCUGAAAGGAGCUCGGCCAUUAGUAACUUCACUGGAUCCCGACUCCACCUUGCGCCAAGGGCGACCUUUGCAUGACUUAGACCAGGAGGAUGAAAUGCGUUUGCUGCGGUGUGUCUUUGCUCAUGUGCGAUCAGGACAAGUAGCGGCCGCAGAAGAUUUGUGUGUGAAGUCUGGUCAUCAUUGGCGAGCAGCAACACUGGAAGGCUGGAAGUUGCAUCAUGACCCAAACCCAGCAGAUCCAUCUCAACGUCAACCUAUUAUUGGCAAUCCCUAUAGAGAUGUUUGGAAAGCUGUGGCAUGGAGAGUUGCCAGUGACGAGCGUCUGCCAGCAUAUGAACGUGCUGUAUAUGGCGCUCUUUGUGGUCAUAUACAGUCAAUGCUUUCAGUAUGUCAUGAGUGGAAUGAUAUACUGUGGGCAUAUACUCGCACCAUGGUGGAUCAGUGGGUGGAGGAACAACUAAGAUGUGCAAACACUCACCUUCGUCCACUACAUCCUCUCCCCAAAGAUUUCCCAGAAGAAAAAUUUUCUAUGAAGGGUAUGUUUGAGGCAGUGGAACGUCAUCCAGAGGCCCAGAAGCAGCGGAACAAAAACCCUUAUCACCUCUUGCAGAAAUAUCUGAUUCUGGAUGAUGUAGAAACCCUAUUACAGGAGGCUCAUGUGUGGCUUAAUGAUGGGCUAGCGCCCCAUGUUUUACGAUGUCUCACCCACCUGGUGUUGUUUUUGCGGAGGAUUGGUCGUAUCUCGCAGCAACUUGAACCUCUUUGUACUGAUAUACUUGAGGCUUGUGUCAAGGAAGCUAUAGAGCGUGGGGAUGUGGAACAAGUGGCAUGGUAUACUUCUGUGUUGCCCACAUGGCUUCAGGUGGAAUGGUAUGCACGUUUUCUCCACAACAUAACAGAUGACCAAUCACGCCGUCAUGCUCUACAGCUUGCUGCCACUGUAGGACUUGAUACACAUGCCAUCACUUCAGCUGUUGUCACUAAUAUCAGACUGUCGUCCAACACUCGGGACCCUGAGGGAGAAGUAGUGUCAGAAACUACAACAGAGGAUAGAGUUAAAAUCAGUGCUAUUGACUGGUUGUUGUAUGACCCUCAGCAGCGAGUAGAAGCACUCAGACAAGCCAAUGCUCUCAUGCGCUCUUUUCUUGUUUCUCGGAAAAUUGGAGCCACUCGAGUUUUGUUUGCCAAGAUACCCAGUGAUUCGGUGAAUGUAAUAAUGAGGGAGCAUGAAGCCGAGACAGGAUCAUCUGACCUUCCUUCACAUGCAGAAAAUAUUGUGAGAGAAUACUUCUGCAUUCGAACCUUCUUGGAUGCUCAGGACUCGUUUACCGAUUGGUUUGAUCACUACCAUCAGAAGAGGCCCACUGCUCCUCAGAAGCCUGCACAAGGUUCUGGGUUUUCUCAGCAAGUAGCUUAUGAACAGGCUGAACAGCAGCACAAGGGCGAGAUGGAACGAUGGCAGCAUACUUUAAAGCUCAUUACAAAAACUGCCUGUGACCAUCUGUAUAAUGUCUUGCUGUUUCCUGAGGGUGGUUGGUUAGUUGAUUCAGCUUUAGAAGACCAAGAACAAGAAAUAACAGGAGUUAGUGGGGCUGAAGAGAGUGUUGAAGUCAGAGUUGACACCCCUGAACCUAACCGUGCCCAUCAUCUGUCAGUCCUGAGAUCAAUUUAUAUUCCACAGGUAACUUCAUUACUACAGAACAUCCUUCAUUCUACACAAAACUACAAAGAAAGUCUUCAGUUAGCUGAUAUAAUUGCUUCAGAGCAGCACCAGCUUUACAAGGCCUUUGGCAGUUGUGAGUUGCAGCGAUUUUUAAUGAAACUUCAGGAAACUUCGAGGGAACUCUUAGAUCGCAACUGUGAUGCUUUAGGUUACCCACUUCAGUAGGAUUUCUUCCCUUAUCUUAUUAUUUUUACAAAAUUCAAUGUUAUGAGGUAACAUUUCUAUUUGCUUCUUGAACUGUAUUGAAGUUUUGAAUAUAGUUUCAUAGUUCAUAAUCAUUGAAAAAUUAUUUUCUUGCUUAUAUACAGAUUGUAAAAAAAAAAGUUAAGAAUUUUUUAAAUGGAACACACUGCAAGUACAAAGUUAGAAACUUUUAACUAUUCUGAACAUAGCUUUACUUUGGGUGAAAUUGAGCAAAAUACAUUAAAAGAUCUUGUUUUUUAUCAUUGUAUAUCAUGUCUGGAUAACCUUCACUAAUACUUUGCCAUUUCUGCCAACUCCCUGAGUAAUAUGUCUUCUUCAGGUAUAUUAAUACUCAUCAUAUUUAACUUACCGCAGUUCAUAAAUUUGCUAAAUAUCUCUCAAAGUAGCUUGUACCAGUAUUGCAAAAUUCGAUAAUGUUUUAUGACCAAGAGACAACCUCGGGUGGUAAACAUAUGUAUCGGAAUACUGUACUGUUUGUGGAGUCUUGAGCUAUUUUUUAUGUUAAGAUAUUUUUAAUGUGUUUAUAAUAAAAUACUUCAAUAA